CACACUCAAUUGCCUGUUCCUGAGUUUCUCAUCGUUGAGGUGGCAAAAAAAGCCCCAAACCUAGAACUGGAACCACGUGCCUUGUGAGGCGCCAUUCAUUCAAGUCCUGUGAAAUACCAGCACUAGAGUGAAACUGGCCUGGUCCUGGAUAUCCGGGGAAACUGAUCAGUGGUGUUAUGGUGUAGGACCUCUGAAGAGAGCUAGGAGUAGUUGUGGGGAUAUUCUAAGGCAAGAACCCCCAAAUCGUCUUGACGUCUUCCCUCGAUAAGCUCAGCCUUUUUGUGUCUGAUGGCUGGGGAUUGCACAGAGAACUGAGAAGACGUGCUGAUUUCCCAUGCUCCUAGACUUCUGAAUGAAAGCGGUGACUUAUUGUGGCACGUGCUGUGAGAAACUGUUAGGUAUUAGAGCACAGGCUGCACUUAAAAUAAUGGGGAUACUCUUCUGAUAAUAAUUUGUGGGAGAGAAGAGUAACUCAAGGGAACAUAUAUGUACUUUUUUGAGGACAGUAGGUUUGGAGCUAUUUGUUCUGGCAAAGAAGGAUGAGACUCUUCAGGAAUAAGAAGUAUGGGAGAAAAAUCGUCCACUCAGCAGUAGUGUUUCUAAAACUAGAGCUGGCAACGAGUGUUCAGGGCCAUCUUAAGACUCCAUGUGGCCUUGGGAUGAGUAAGAAGUCAGUCCGCAUUUAACAGUGACUUACUGCAUGACCAGACCUGUGCAGACACUGUAGAGUCCAGCCUCAUUUCACGUAUGUUGUGAAUCACUUUACACAAACAAAGCAAGUUACAUUUUAUGGAAGCAAUGAAUGUUUUGGAGAAUGUGCAGUAAUUGCUUUGCUUUGGGUCUAGAAGAGGCAGUUUUUUCAUCUGCGGUGAGCUAUGACACAGCAGCUCACAGCUUAGAGAAGGAUGGCAGCUUGUGGCUUGCGUUGUUGUAGCAGUCUAGCCAUGAAUGUGUUCUACUCUGGCUCUAGUAGUCUCCUUUGAAAAAUAAGAAUGCAGACGUGCUACCCUGAUGUGCUACGCUGUUUGAUUAUACAUUUUAAAUGGCAUCUUUGCUGUUUGAGUAAAAUGAUCUGAUUCUUUGAAGAAAAGGUUCACUGUGACAUUUUACCCUUCAUUUAUUGCAUGUAUAACAGGCUCUUAAAAAAAAAAAAAAAAAAAAAAGGGCUUUAGGUUAUACAUCACCUGUGUGUUUAGGUCUGCUGCCCUGUAAUAGCAUCGUUAACGAGGCAACCACAGUAAUGAUAUGGAAAAGUCAGUUAUUCUAUCUGGCUCCUGUCAUGGAUUUGUUCUCACCCUGUUUUUACAACUGACUUCUUUUAACUUUUCCUUUCUACUCUACAGAUGUAACUAGAAGUGAGAUCAUAGGGUAGCUUUCAGUCUACCUAAAAUACUAUUCAGCUACUUAGUGUUACAAUUAUAUGGCAUGAUCAAAAGUUAAUGUGAGAAGAAAUUAAGGAAGCUUAUUUAAACUAUACUUCUAGUUUUGAAAGGUAUUUGAUUACCUACUGUUCGAUUCUUCCCUAUUGAUGUGUGUAGUAGCACAUAGAUCUUUAUGCUGUGUAAGUUCUUCUUUCAUUUCCCAGGUAACACUGUCAAACCACGCUGGUACACUCUGUAGUAUUAAGUAUGAUUUCUCAAUGCAUGCAAGUGAAGUGUCCAGCUAGCAAAUUUAAACUGAAAGUUUAAGAAUACUGUUAGAGCCUUUCUAGACCAUGAAGCCUUUAUUUUUGCUGAGAGAUGAGGUAAGGGAGGGGAAGAAAAAGAUAAAUUAAGCCAGAUUUUUGGUGGCUUAGGAUAAUGUAGAAUCUUCUUUAGGCUUAUAAAGAGGUUUAAUGUUAGUGUAGGUGACUAAUGGAUCUUUGGAAAUCUUAUCAAUGUUUAAACAUUGAGAGCAUGGAAUGGUAGGAAAUGUGUUCUUCACUGGUAUUUUUCUUGGUCUCAUCAUGGAUUUUUGCACAUAUAAUGCUGCUGUGUUCUCUGGAGCUCAAGCUUGCAUACUUACUCCUUGAUCCUUGUACUUUCUUUUUUUGAAUUUUUUUUUUAAUCAUUUUUUAAAUAUUGGUAGGGAGUGCACCCCAAACCAGACAUCCAAAAACUCUUCCAGCCUCUGUAAGUCAGGUUAUUACUGCUGCUCCACAACUGACUGCUAUUAUGUUGGAUGUAGGAAAUGCAAGGAUAAAAAACCCCCUAAAUCUCAAGUUCCUGUGGAGUCUGGAGUGUUUGGAGUAAAAUCAGUGCACAGGGGAGUCUGGAGUGUUUGGAACUAAGAUAUGGAGAACUUGGUGGCUGGCUCCAACCUUCCUCCACUUUUUGCGGAUGAAGAUGGAUCUAAGGAAGGCAGUGAAAUUACUGUAACUGGAUUAGCUCAUUCUGAGAGUUCAUUCAGUGGUGGAACAUCACAGUCUGCGAAUAACCCAGAUUUGGUGGAGGAUUUGUCACAGGUUCACCAGCUGCAAAAUGAGUCCUUUAAAACUGCUGAAAACACUGAGCAGAAGCCUGAGGAGGAGCAGCAAAGAACUAAACGAGGAGGCUGGGCCAAAGGGAGAAAGAGGAAGAAACCCCUUAGGGACACCAAUGCCCCCAAAUCCCCCCUCACAGGGUAUGUGCGAUUCAUGAAUGAGCGUAGGGAGCAGCUUCGAGCGAAGAGGCCUGAAGUCCCUUUCCCAGAGAUCACCAGGAUGCUGGGCAAUGAAUGGAGUAAACUGCCUCCUGAGGAGAAACGGCGAUACCUUGAUGAAGCAGAUAGAGAUAAGGAGCGGUAUAUGCGGGAGCUGGAGCAGUAUCAGAAGACAGAAGCCUACAAAGUCUUUAGCAGGAAAGCACAGGACAGACAAAAAGGCAAAUCACACAGACAAGAUGGAGCAAGACAGCCAGCCCAUGAUCAUGAGAAAGAAGCAGAUACAAAGGAGAGAUCUGUUUUUGAUAUCCCAAUCUUCACAGAAGAGUUCUUGAAUCACAGUAAAGCACGUGAAGCUGAGCUGCGGCAGCUGCGUAAAUCCAACAUGGAGUUUGAGGAGAGGAAUGCUGCUCUGCAGAAACAUGUUGAGAGUAUGCGUACUGCAGUGGAGAAAUUGGAGGUAGACGUGAUACAAGAGCGGAGCCGCAACACAGUGCUGCAACAGCAUCUAGAGACCUUACGCCAGGCACUCACAACCAGCUUUGCUGGAGUCCCGUUACCGGGUAGCGGGGAAACACCCACGAUGGAAACUAUAGAUUCGUACAUGAAUAGGCUGCACAGUAUUAUUAUGGCUAACCCACAGGAGAAUGAGAACCUCAUAGCCACAGUCCGAGAUGUGGUAAACAGACUUGAACGCUAGUGACUGGGUCUCGUGACCCAGGGAUGCUUUACAAAAUUUUUUUGGCCAGUGUGGAAUAAGAAGCCAUGAGGGAAAGACUAGGGGUGGGAGGCAGAAUUGCAGGUUUGUCCUGGUCCCUGCCUUUGUGGUUUGUCAGCAAGACAAACAGAUCAAUGCAUUAAAAGGUCUUAAGAAGCCACGGAUGCCACCCACUAAACAAUUGGAACUGUCCUCUGUGUAAACAUUUAAAAGCAUGCAACUUUUGUGCAAUCUUCAGUUUCUUAAUAAUUUUGCUGGGUGUGAGGGUGCAUAUGUUCUGUGGACUGGCUGACUAUGGAGAUGAAAUCUCGCAGUUCGUGAAAUGAAGUCAGCCUAUGUGUUGUAGUAAUAACUUUAAUGUCUUAUAUUGCCUAAUGUCUUCUAGUGUCUCUUUUAUUUUGUUUUCAUGUUUAUCUUGUUGGGAUUACCUUCCUCCAUUUUAGCUUUCUUCUUUUGAUCUUGUUAUCUGAUACUUGCGUUACUGGAUAGCAGCGCUUGUGUUCUCUGCUACAACAGGCAGUCUUCCUUGGUGCACUGUCUUGUCCUACCCUGCCUGCUGUGUUUAUAUAAGCUUUUCUUAAGCAGAAUCCUGUUUUUUUAUGUUAGCCGGCAACUUCUGCAAUGUGAGUUUGCUCCCUGAUAGAGACUGGCUGUGGCUGAUGCUUUGUGACUUGAUUCUACUAUGAGACAGACUUCCUCUGUCCCCCUCCUCUCUUGAAGCACCUGUCUUGCACAUAGCAUCCUGUUCUUCUGUGAAGGUCUCCUGUUAUCUCUUGAAAACGUUUGGUGGAGCAUUUUACUACCACAAAGGUCAGUGAUAAUCAAGACAGAAAGUGAAAUGUUAGUUCUACUCAGCAGGGAAAAUAGGAAUCUCCAUUUUAGACUAAAACCACAAAGCUUGCCCUUCCUCUGAUAUGUUGCUCAGUCUAAUUUAAUGUUACUGCCUUGGUUUUGAGAGAAUGAUCUCAUGGUGAGAGUGGUAUUCUAUAAAAAGAGAAAUGGGCAGGGGGAUUGCAUUUUUUCUGCUCUCCUGAAAUCACAGUGCUGGGAAGCAAUAUGCCUGGAAGCAGCACAUGUAUUUUUGCAUGAAUUUAUUAGAGCAGAGAAGGUUAUUAGCAGCUAGGUCCACAUAGCAGCCCACAGAAUUCUACAUUACAGUCGGUAAGUGCUUUCACCUUUUGUACAGUUAAAAGUACAGCCUGUGGAGCCUAUAGCAUUCAGAGUAUUAUGUUCCAGUGUGACCUAAAUGGCCUUUCACUUAUAUCAAGCAGAACUCUGCAUGCUUGAGUCUGCAAUCUUGCUGAGCUGCGCUGCACCUCCUGUCAAAGAUGAAGGCACCUACUGUCUGCACUAACUUAAUGCAAAUCAUUUGCUGCCCUCUGGUUCCUGUCAAAUUGUUAAUUCAGACUUUGGUUGAGUACUUGUUGGACAUCUCUGGGCUUUAUGGUAGUGGUUGAAAUGCUCUUUCUUCCACAUGACAAUCUCCUUGCUCCAUCUUCAGAAAUCUUUUAAGAUUUCCCUGUUAUGAAUCGGAGGUUACUGGAGUGCAUUGCAGUCAGCAUCCCUUUAGUGUAUCUGUAAUGCAAGUAUUUGAAGAUUAAAAAGCAGUUUCUUCUUUUCCCACGCUAUACACAUGGACUUCAUUGCUUGCCUGAAGCCAUCUCCAGGUCAACACCUUGUAUGUCAGGUCUCUGCUUACUCAUGGGCUUAUUGCUGUAGCCAAGCAGCAAGGAUUUCCAUGUAAAUUCAAGUCUUCCUUCAGGGAGGAAACUCCUUUCUCUUGUCUUCAGUCUCAUUUUCAAGACUUUACAAAAAGGAACUUCAAUUUGCUGCAUUGACCUCCAUUUUCCUUAGCAUGGAUGAGACCAGCUGAUGUUGGCAUGAACUUUUCUAGUGGAUGCUAUAACAAAUAUGGGGGGGGGGGGAAUCCUACAGGUUAAUAAUGUCUCCAGAAGAAGCACUGAUACCCUCAUCUCCUGUGUGCACCUUGUUUUUUUAGAAUUGGUGAUAUUUGACUUUCACUGAAGUGGCCAAAAUGCACUGUAUCGCCAAAAGUUGAUUUACAAAAUUCUAAAGUUCAGUGUGUGGCAUCUUACCUAAUACAUGGAGUGAUAUCCCAUAAAGACUCCAGAAAUUGCUAUGUAAUGUGAUAGUAGGAUGCAGUUCCAGGCAGUGACAUACACAUACUGUAAAUAAGGUAUGGGUGGCUGCAGGCUGCCCCUGCUUACAUAAAUUCAAUGCAGCUAUCAGCUCGUGGCAUACUGCUAAUACAUCAUUCUGUUGAGUAGCAUGCAAGUGUUACGGGAUAGGAAAUUUAAGGUGAUAUUAUUAGUUGGGGGCUGACAAAUCUCUUGCAUUUUCCCAGAAGAAAGGAGGGGGAGUGGUAUGCCCAUCUUAAAGCAUCUGGGGGAAGGCUAUCUUCUUGCUCACCAGUGAUGUGACAGAUGAUGUUUUGUCUCAUUAAGAAGCUUCUUAUUUACAUUGAUUAACCCUAUAAAAAUGGAUUUUGUCUUUCCAGUGUUUUCUGAGUGUCACUUCGGUUUACAUUUUUCAGUGUUGGCUGAUCAAAAAAAAAAGUAAAAACCGAAGUGGGUGUCAAGGAGAUGAGUGGGAUAAAAUGCUGUUGUCACUUAAAGAAAUGUUAAGAGAAAUAUAUGAAAACAGAAUCCGUUUGCUGGAUUAAUGUAUUUGGAAUUGUUGAGAUGCCAAGUUUUCUGUACAAUGUUUUUGUAAUUAAACUUUGGAGUUCCUUUGUUUUUAAGAAGUUGAUGUGCUUGUUUGACACUUGCUUCAUUAAAAUUGUUCAACAUUGAAUCCAUUCUGAUUCAAUUUUAACUGCAUUUUCAUGAAAUAACUACUACUAGUGUUGCUCUCUUGUCUGAGAGAUUUUGGCAGCUCCACUUUAACCUUUGAAAGGAAGUAAUGUGCCCUUUCCCCCUCUCCAUCCUAAGUGUAUCUCCCUCUGAAAAAGCUAAAGGAAAUAGUUAUUAUUUAUAGUGAUGCAAACUUCAGAGAUCUUUGGUUUUAACUGUUACCAGGGCCCUUCCUGUCAUCUGUGUUCCCCAACUUGAGUAACUUCAAAAAUGUUGUGUCUCUCCCUCAGCCCUUUUUUGACAUCCUUGUCUUCCAUUGUCCUCCCUAAUUUCCCAACAUCAUAUUUAUUUUCUCUUCCUGUAAGAACCUUCUGUAUCAAACCUAUUGCCCCCACUUGUUUUUCCCUUGUAGAUUUUUAUCAUGUAUUUUCCCUUCUGCUUGCUGAGUGUGGAGCCAGACUGUAGCCUUGUGAAAUUUGGACUUUGGAUGUAGAUCCUCCAUGGAGGAGUUUAGAUGACUUCUGCCUGCACUGGUGCUCUUUCUGAGGUCACCGUGCUGUAAGCAACCAUGUGUGUAUGUUACUUUUGUGGUCACAUCUCAUUAUUUUGAUAGUGAAAUUAAUGCCUGGUCCUUCUUUAUAUCAACAGGCUUGGUUCAGACACUAUCUGCUAUCUGGGACAGACUGCACAUUUAGAUUUAGAAUGCUUUGGAGAUUUUGUAAAACACCAACUAUGAAAUAACAAAGAUAUAAAAAAAUAGAAGGAAUAUAGGGAAAUCUCCUAUAGGUGAAUAGCAGCCAUGUGAUGCUGGCUAGUCCAGAGUUGCAGAGGGUAAAAGCAAAACAGGUGCACACCUGGAGGAAAAAGAGCAAAGCAGCAGUAAGUUCAUUCUAAGACAAAAAUCUGGUUCCUUUCUAACCUGUGGUGCUGUACAUGGCAUCAGGAGCAGAUGUUGGUCAAUAAUGCUCAAUUUAAGAUAAGGUAGUAUAAUAUUUCUGCUGGGUUUUUUCUGUCUGUUACCCCCUCUUUACUCUGCUGCCGGUCAAUUGAACUGAUGAUUGAUUAAUAAUCAUUUAAGGGAAGUUAGGGGGAUUUGAGGGCUUUGGGUUCUUUUAUGAGGAAGAGAUAACUUCCUCUUUCCUCAGGCAGGUUCCUGUUGAUAAUGUAUUUGGAAUCUGAUAUUGGGUCUUUUUUUAAUCUUUUGCUUCAGUUCAGUUGUAUCCUUCAGAGUCAGGAGUAUGCUCAGGCCUAUCGUCUACUUCCACCAUAGAAUUUUUCUGCUUGUGAACCAUGAAUAGUUUUGCUGCUGCUUUCUUUCUCAUUGCUUGUAUUAUUGAGGGGUUUUUUAACUUUAACGUUUUUGAGUAUAUUCAUGAUUUGCCAUCUUAAUUGCAAAAUCUUUGGAUUUUGUGUGUAUUGUACCAUUUUGGUAUGUGGUGAAGCAUCUACAUCUGUUAUGUAAUACAAGGAAUAACAUUUAUAUAAACUGAUUUAUGGGUUAUAUCAAUAAACCUAUAAUUCUUCUGCUCUGGGGGUUUGUUUCUUAUCACUUAAUGUGUAGACACUGAUGGUUUGUGUUUUAAAAAUUGGAGUUUGUGAACACAGAUUUGAAGCUUAAGUCUGUAUUAUUACUGGCAUAUGGAGACCUGUGCAAUGCAACUUUUUGAAUAUUUGUUCCAAAGUAAUGACAAGCAAAUGCAGCUAGGGUAUAUCUAAGCACAAUUUUUGGAGGGCAGCAAAAGGAAAAGGUGGCUGUGCAAAUCAUACUAGACAUGAAAACAUGUGGCUUGCUACUCUGAGGUUUUCUAACUUAGAGAAACACCUUGGAGAAGAGAGGUGUGCUGCUGAUGGCAGGUAUUACUGAACUAUGGCCAGUGUGUCACCUCUAUUUCAAAGUUAUGUUGGGCAGGAGAUGGAAUGAAUGAUCUGUUCUCUCAUUUUCUAUCUUUGACUUAUGUUUCACCCCAGUAUAAGGACUGGUUUAUUGUGUCUGUUUGCAGCCACAACACAGUGUUCAGACAGCUCUCUAGCUUUGAAAAUCAAUGUUUAUUUUAAACUAUCCAGAUUUUAUUUGUAUGCGUAUCCUAAUAAGGAAAACCUAGUACUGAAAUGCCAUCAAUUCUGUUAAUUACUUCAUGAAGAGCUGAAGUAAUAUUUGAAAAGAUCUGCAUAGAGAUGGAGAAAUAGAAAAACAACGUAGGAGAAGGGAUUGCUUGUUCAGUUGAGUGGAGAAUUGGAUCAUGCGAAAAUAGUUAGACUAGGGGUUUAGGUCCUGAUCCUGAAGUGCUGAAGCAUGAGGUCAGCUUUCUGCUUGUGAAUGGUGCCACUAAGUUGACUGACUUACACUCAUAAAAGUUGACUCCCCAAAUUAAUUGCACAUCAGUGCUAUAGAUCAGAAAUAAAAAAUAAUAAAGCACAUCUUGAAACAAAAAGCCCGAGGAAGCAUGUGUUCUUCAAAAAAAUCUGGAAAUACUUAUUUAAUGAGAAUGCAUUUAAGAAAGUAAUGAAACAGUGUACCCAGUUAACCCAUUAAUGGGAUUUGAAGCUAUUGCAUGUUGCUCAACUUAGAAUGCUCCUUUUCCUUCAUCUCCUUUACGCUGUAUCUUUAUAUCCAGGUUUGUGUCAUCAGAAAUUAAGCCCCCGUCCUCCCCUACAAGUGUAUGUCAAUAAUUCACUGAUAUCAGAAACUGUUUUAUGUAGCAAAACAUCUGCCCUAGCUUGCAUGUUUUAGGGGAAGAUAACAUGUUCUUUUUUUAACAUUAUAAAUACUACAAUGGGAUUCUGAAGGGGCCUGCUGGGGGCUCCAGCAGUUGAUAAUAGCAAUAUGGGACAAAUUAUUUUUGCAAUAUUAAAAGAAAAGGUAAAGGUAAAAGGAAAUACAAGGUUCUUCAAGAAAGUGUCAGUAUUGGUACAUCCUGUUAAUUUGUUAGGCAGGUUGCUUCUGGCAUGUGGAAAGGAAAGUUUUGAUUAAAGAGUUGAGAAGCUCUCUGGUUUUAAUAAACAGAAAACCUUGAUUCUGCUGCUGAUAACUGGAAAAGAUUCCAGCUGGUCACAAGUGCUACUGUUUAUAGAAUAAAGCUUUAAGAAAAGUAAGUAAAGGGAAUUAUGAAGAAUGAAAGCAGGGUACUCUUCCAGACUUACUCACAUGCAUAUGUUUAAUUUGAAUAUUGUAAGCAUAAAUACUUAGACAAUUCGUUAGAAUUAAUUCCUUAUGUGCUUAUCUGCUCAGGCCUGGCAACAGGGUUCUGGUGCUGAUUUACCCUGGCCCCAUAGCUGGCCCUGCGCUUACGCUGGCACAGCAUGGUUGAAAAAUUUGGUCUUGUUGAUAUUAAACCAUAAUGGUGUGUAUAUUAUUGAAUUUAUGCAAGUUAUUCUAAGAUAUAAGAGGAUUCUAAGAUCCUCUGCUUUCUCUAUUCCUGUUGAUGAAAUGGUUCAUCUCCUAAAGUUGUUAAAUACUGCUGUUUACAGGUCUGUAGCUUUGGUCACUUAUGCUCUGGAGGGUGAAAGGCAUUCUCACUUUUCCCUAGAAGUAUGUCUGUGUAGUGAAGUCCAUCUGAUCUUUUUGUUUAUAAAUUUGGAUUCUAAAUACUUACAUAUAGUCUGCCUGUCCAAAUCCUUGGCUGCCAGAUAUCCGUCUGGCUUCCUUGAAUUGAGUACAAGAAUGAUACUCACAUCAACCAAAUACCUGGCUGUCUGGGAAUCAGAAAGAGGUCUGGUUUUCAAUCUGGAGUAAUAGUACCAUGGGAUUUCUCUUCCUAUCUCAUAUCAGCAGUUUUAGUUUUAUUAAAUCUGUUCCAGUGUUAGUCAAAAGAUAAUUCCCUCAUGUAAUUUAUUUGAAAUAAUAUUGCUUAAUCCCAGGACACUUGCAGAGAAAUCCCAAGCUGAAAUUUUAGGCCUGUAAACAUACUGUUUCAGCCCCUCACCCUUCAAAAUGGAUGUUAAAACUGUACUAGUAUUCUAACUCUUCUCAGAGGAAGUUUCUUUUCUGCUAUGACACUUCAAAUUCCUGCCCAGGUUGUUUUUGUUUUUUUAAUAUUGGAGGAAGAGAAGUAAACUGUUUGGACUGGGGGAAAAGAUGCAGGAAGUUUAUCAGAAGUGUAAGACAGUGGGGUGGCUGAGUCCAGGAGAGUGAAAAGCUCUGGAAAAUUAAUCUAAUGCCUUUCCCAGAAAGGACUGUAGCUUUUCUAGCACAAAUGCUGUAUAUGCUCUGAAACAGCAGUGCACAUGCUGUUUUCCUUGUGUGUAAGUAUGAUUAUGGAGGGUGUUGACAUUGUCCUCAAAAGACUGCAGUUCUUUUAAAACACUUCUACAGAAGUAGAGCAUCUGCUCCUUUAGAAGAAACACAGCUGUAUACCGGCAUGUGGCUUUCCAGCAUAUGCUAUGAACUUGAUAUGCUGGAAGGAAGGGUGUCAUUUUUCUGCUUACUAGCAUUAAUAACGAGUGGCCCUGGCAUAUGUAAAUGCAGAGAGUCAAAUACUGUUUACAACCCAUUUUUUUUCCAGAAAAGGUCCUUCUACCCUCACCCCAUUAAAAAUCCAUUACAGGACUUUGUAGGGUAAGGGCAGCAGGAGUAAGUGGAUACGGGAAUAGAAUUAGCAUUUAUUCUUGAGGUUAAUGUUCACCUUCUGCCAGUGCAGAAAUGGUUGAGUUUCUAGGCUGAGAAAGUUUGGAUUCAGACCUGAAAAUUCCGUACAUUCUUGAAGUGCUUUUGAGCAGAAAAAGUAGCAAAUGUGAAAAUGGAAUUCCAGCUGCACCCUAGUUUCAGGACUUCACAGUUACGUGAUAAAUGUGCAUUUCCAGAUGUCUGAAGUAUCUGCCCACAUAAGGAAAAGAAUCCAUUUUCUACUGGGGGAAACAGUGCCCUCUAAUGAAAAAUCUUGGUAUCUCAAAAUGAGAGUGAAAAAGCCUGUUACUGGGAGCCAGAGCCAGAGAGCUUCUGCAUGUGGAAUUUUAAGUGAAUUCCCUGGCUUCAUUCUAGGCAGAUGGGAGUGCUUUUUUUGUAGUGGUUUUUUUUUUUAUAAUUAUUUUAUUUCUUUGUUUCAUGCAGAUACAUUAUCCUUUUCCUACUGUGCUUUGAGGGCUGGUGAGGGUAGAAGUGGUACAGCAAGCAUUCUUGUGUUACAAGGAAAUGCUGGUAUGGCAAAUAAAACAUGAACUCGGUUUGCAUGUCUUUGAAGGUGGUGUUCUGACAGCAAGGAAUGGCUGUGAUAAGGGUUUCUAGUUGGCUAAAGCUGAAUCUGUGUUGGCUGAUACAUAAAAUCAGCACAGCUGACUUCUCUAGCUUCCUAACUAGCAGGAACUGUGAAUACAUAAAUCCACAUAAUGGAAGCUUUGCAACUGUUGGUAUUUACAUAGUACUGUGCCUUUUCAGAGCUGGCUUUCAGUUUGGGAACCUGGAACAGCUUCACACUUAAACAGCACUGCUAGCUCUCUGGAGCUAGAGUGUAUAUAGCAUGGUGGUAGCUGCUUCACUAUGAUCUUACUCCAGCCAAGAGCAUCCCUGCCCAACUGUGAGCUUCACUAACUCAUCAAAAUAGUAGAAAACUACCCAGCUCUUUUCUUCCUGAAAGUUUGCUGUGUUUUGUGAAUUGGCUGAGCUCUGGCAAGCACUAGGGUUUGUGCAAAGUAAGCAGAGGAUCAGAGAGAAGGGAGAGGCAGGAACUCCUUUCUGGAGGUAUCUUGCUUGCACUUUGGCUCACUGUUUCAUGAAACUGUACGCUGAAAUUAUGGGGGGGCACAGGCUAUAGAGAACUAUCCCCUUUUCAGCAUCUAAAGUUGUCAGUAAAUACAUGACAAUCUAAACCUAACUCCUGGCUUCAUGCUGUUGCCUUUAUCUGUAUGUUUUCCUGUCCUGCCUGCCUUUCCCUCUCUUGCCCUCUUCCUUUGUGCUGUUUCAGCUUAAAACCAGCUAAAAUCAACUAAGUGUCUCUGCCAGCGAAGAUUUUUCCUAUAGAGAAAUUUUUUCUCAAUGAAUGUCAUUGGAGGAGUAGUGAAUUUGGAAGGGGCCCACAACUACUGCA